AAAUUUCGAAUACACGUAUUCGUAUCGCGAUUGAACUCGUGAAAGCUCAUCGACGUUACGCCUGAAUCGAACGAAAGUAAUAAUUAUACAGUAAAUAAUUCAUUGCAAUUGGAUUGAACAUUAUAAAAAAAAUAAUUAUAAUUAUCGAUAAAGAAAAGAAAAAAAAAAGAAAGAAAAAAAAAAAGAAAAAACAAGAAAAAAAGGAGAAAAAGAUAGGAAAGAAAAAAAUCUGAAAAAAGGAAAAAAAAUUUCGAAAGUAAAUUUUGAUUUGUUUGUUAAAAUGUAACAGGAAACAUUGAUAUUGAAGUAUGAAAGCUUUGACUUUUUAACGACAUUGUAUUUAGAUCCACGAAGUGGCAUGUGCAAUAAUCGGACACAUCUAGAAAACUCGAUUUCACUCGAUUCUACUCGAUUCCAUUCGGUAGACAUUCCGCAAAGUAGUAUUUAUUACUUUCUGCAUCGCGAAUACAUAGUUCCAAUACUAUCUCAAGACUAAUGGUGUUUCUUUCUCUUUCUUACUUUUCGUUGGAUUUUCGCUGAAACAGCUGAUUGCUGUCGUUCUUUAAUCGUAUAUCGUCGGUGUGCGGCUUCUCUUUGUAACAGAAGGACAAUAUACGACAACGGACAAACCGCCUACUUUAAAAUUAAUUUUAAAGGUAGGAGGCAGCAGUGGGACUCCAGAAUACGGCAACGAUUCUCCAAGCCAAGGCAUUAUGUUAUCUCAGCACUACCAACAGCAACUAGGUAUAAAUUACUCUGUCACGCAAGGAGACUCAGAAUAUGAUAGGUACAUGGGUCACAAGAAGCUUAAAAAGAAAAAGAAGAAAAAGGAUAAACGGCACAAACAUCAUCACAAAGAUAAAAAGAGACGUAGAGAAGAGUCGAGUCAGGAAUCAGUGGGCGACGCGGACGAAGGUUUUGUCGAGGUACCCAAGAAGAUUCCAAAUCAACAAUUGUUAUCUCCUAGACCUUUAUCGAGCAAUGAACCUAGAAUCAAUGUUACUAAUCAAAUUAGUUCACUCUCGCCACAUCGCGAGCCUAGAACAUGCGUUCUUCGGAAAAUAGCAGAGCGUACGCCACUCCAAAGAUUAUUGGAACAUUUGUUAAGGUCAAUGGAAAAGCGUGAUCCACAACAAUUCUUCGCUUGGCCAGUGACCGAUAGUAUUGCACCUGGUUAUUCUCAAAUAAUAACAAAUCCGAUGGAUUUUAGUACUAUAAAACAAAAGAUAGAUGAUAAUAAUUAUCAAAAUUUAAAUGAAUUUAUAGAAGAUUUUAAGCUCAUGUGUAAUAACGCAACUACGUAUAAUCAUCAGGAUACUAUAUAUUAUAAGGCAGCCAAAAAAUUGUUACACGUUGGAUUAAAAAUGGUUACUCCAGAAAAACUUAGACAGUUAAGACCCGUUUUAACGUACAUGCAUGAUAUAUCAAAGGAGGAGCUUGGAUUUGAAUUAGGAGUUGAAGAUCCUAAUAAUCCAGACGUACUUGUUACCGAGGAACAAAUUGAAAGAGAAAGAGAACAAGAGGAAAGAAACGAGGAGGCCGAAGAAUUGCGAAAGGAAAAUCAAAGAAAAAUGAGAUUGGCGAGUUUGGGCAAAUUCGAAGCUAUACCGGACGAUUUAACACCCGAAGAAAUUCUUAAACAAGCACGUGGUGCUGCCAAAUCGGCGGCAGAUAAAUUAAGUUUAAAACGUUUAAACUCUAAAAUGGGAUUUUUGAGACAAAAAAAAGAUGGUACUACGAGUUUACAAAUUAUAGUACCUGGAGAUGGUGUUAUACCUGGUACCAAUCAAAGGCCAGUAUCGUUAGGGCAAUUAAUAGGAAAAUUGAAUCACGGUACUGGUGCAUUAGCCGGUUUCAGAGAAGAUAGAAGAAAUAUGUCGAAACCAGUUAAGCCAUUGUAUUAUGGAGCAUUUGGAUCUUAUGCUCCAAGUUACGAUUCCACUUUUGCUAAUCUUACUAAAGAAGAGACUGAUUUGGUUUAUCAGACUUACGGUGAUGAAACCGCUGUUCAGUACGCAGAAUCUAUUUUAGAUUUUGCAAAAGACUGUGAUUAUACAUUAACUAUGGUCGACGAUCUAUUGGAUAUAUUAACUGGUGGCGAUCAUAGAAAAACGAAAAAGUUUCUUGAAGAGAAAAGAAGGCUUAAAGAGGAAGAGGAAAAGAUUAAACAUUUAUUAGAGAAACCUAUGCAAGAUAUUAAUAAAAACAUUCCGUCAUUUGAGAAAGUUCGUGUGGAUAUCGAUCAAUUGAAAACAUUGUCGGAAUUGGGAAUUGAUAUGAAUUUUUUGGAAAAAUUAGAGGAGGAAUUAAAGUUCAGCGAGGAUCGUGCAACCUUACAAAGUCGUUUAGACGAUACUUCGCAGAUGUUGGGUCGUUUGAAACAAGUACAACACGAUCGUCUCUCGGCACCUCCACCAGCACAUUUAUCGAACGUUCCAAAGGCCUCGGAAACUGAAGUUGCCCUAGCCGAUAAGAUUACGGAUAAUCUUACGGAAAUAGCAAAGAAACUUCCACCGUCAGCUAUAGCACCAGUUGAUGGAUUACGUAGGGCAAUGGGUAUAGCACCUUUAGCUGGAGGUGAACCAAUGGAAGUUGAACCAAUUACUCAUAAUCCAGCAAUAGUUACGGAAAAUACAUUGUUACAAUCUAAUAAUGGCAAUCAAGUACCAACAAAUUUGUUACCACCGCCAUCGCCUAUUACAAAUACGAGUUUGUUAAGUCCAAACAGUCAACAAAAUCAAACUAUCAGUAUUGUUAAUCCGAAUCAAAUUCAAAUCGGUGUUACGCACAAUCAAAACUCACCGUCUUUGUUAAGUACGACGGAGACAUCGGGUGUUCCCGAUCUGGAAUCUGAACUCCGAGAGUUUUUGGAAAGCGAUCCUACAUUAGGACAUUCACCAUUACACGACGACAAAACGCUUGAAGAUAUAUUAUCGGAAUCAUAGUAUUUUAACGUGUGAACAUGCUUAAUGUUUAAGGAUACAUUGUACAUUUUAUUACAUAUUCACAUAAUAAUAGUAAUAAUAAUAAUAAUAAUAAUAAUAAUAAUA